AUGGCGACCACCUCAACAACAACUACCAUCAUCACAACCCCCGAACGCCUGGAAUACCCCAUCGGAGUCCCCUAUAAAUUCUCUCCAGAAGGCGUCGUACAACGAUACCCCGGCAACACCACUCUCUGCCAUGUGCCCCCAAACUCACCUGUCCUACCAGGCCUGUGGGCCCUUCACGAUGCCCUGAAAUCCCAUUCCACGCUCUCCCAGAAGAUUCACUUACUACCACCGGCAACAUGGCACAUGACCGUCUUUGACGGUAUUCGCGAACAAGAAUGCGAACCAGGGAUGUGGCCAGCUGACAAACUGAAACAACCUCUCGACCAAUGCACCAAAGAACUAUCAAAGAGUCUACGACAGUUCGGUUUAAGGCUUACAGACGAAGGUCUCGCGCCGCCAUAUCACAUGCGUCUUCGCGGGUUCGAUUAUGCGGCCACAGUAGGGAUUGGCUUGAUUCUCGAAGGUGCCAGUCCGGAAGAAGAAAGGCGGAUAAGGAGGCUGCGGGACAGACUUGCGGAUACUAUGGGAUUUAGGGCGCCGAAUCAUGAAACCUAUGAGUGGCAUAUGAGCCCCACGGCAGCAACCGCCAGAUUAGUCGACGAAUUCGCCAACGCUCAAGAUGGCACAAACCAAGAGCAAGAACUCGGUUUCUUCGCAGCCUUGCGUCUCUAUCAGAAUGGUGUAUUUUGGAGCUUCGUCAUGUCCACUGCCAUCAUCAUGGAAGGCUACGACACAAAGUUGAUCGGAACGCUCUUUGCUCAGCCAGCCUUCCAGAAGGCCUAUGGGGAGCAUGUUAAGGGAGACACGUAUCAGAUUACGGCGGCAUGGCAGGCUGGAUUGAGCAAUUCGUCAGCAAUUGGACAAUUGCUAGGGUUGUUGAUGUCGGGGCAUCUUGUUGAGCGGUUUGGGUUUCGGAAGACUAUGAUAACGGGGUUGACGACUAUUAUUGCACUUAUUUUCAUGCAAUUCUUUGCGCCGAGUCUUGCUGUUUUGGAGGUGGCUCAGAUUCUUUUCGGAAUUCCUCUUGGCCUCUUUUUGACCACACCUGUCAUUUAUGCCCUGGAGGUUUCGCCAUUGUGUCUUCGCGAUUAUCUAAUCAAUUAUGUCAAUUCCUGCUGGGCAUUCGGUCAAAUCACCGCUACCGGUGUUCUACGAGGUGUCUUAAGCAUGAACAAUCAUUGGGCCUAUCGCAUCCCAUUUGCCAUACAAUGGUUCUGGCCCCUCAUACUAAUUCCCCUCCUCUGUUUCGCACCCGAAUCACCAUGGUGGCUCGUUCGCAAAGGUCGUCUUGAAGAAGCAAAAGCAGUAGUCAAACGUCUUACAUCCCCGACAAACGUCAAUUUUGACAUUGACAAGAACAUUGCCAUGAUGGUAGUCACAACCGAGCACGAGCGCCUCAUCGAUGCAAGUACCUCGUAUCGCGCCUGUUUUGAAGGACCCAAUCUUCGCAGAACGCUCAUUGUCAUCGGCAUCUAUUGCGUUCAGACAUUCAACGGAAAUCCGAUCCGUGGUUAUUCGACGUACUUCUUUGAGCAGGCUGGUUUGCCAACUACCCAGGCCUUCAACAUGUCCAUUGUUGGUUUUGCCUUGGCUAUCGUAGGUGGUUUCGGCUCUUGGGCUCUUAUCCCCCUCUGUGGCCGUAGAACAGCCUAUCUCGGCGGUCUCAUCAUCCUCUUUAUCAUCAUGAUCCUCGUUGGCGCUCUUGGCGUUCCUCAAGCGCAAUCUCCCACCCCGGCUUAUGCAUGGGGCAUCGGCUCUCUACUCGUCAUCUCUUCGUUCGUCUACUACGGCUCUGUCGGCCCACUCACCAACACCCUCUGCGCCGAAAUCCCGUCCGCUCUACUUCGCAGCAAAUCCGUCGUCUUGGCUCGAUGGGCGUAUGUGGUUACUACCAUUAUUGCUGGUGUCUUGACGCCUUAUAUGUUGAACCCAACGGCUUGGAAUUGGUCUGCCAAGACUGGGUUCUUUUGGGCUGGUGGAUGUCUGCUUUGUAUCAUUUUUGCCUGGAUGUAUGUUCCUGAGACGGCAGAUCGGACUACAGCGGAGAUUGAUUUGUUGUUUGAGAAGAGAGUGCCCGAAAGGCAUUUUGGCAGGACUAAAGUUGAUUUCGUUGAGGUUGUUAAUGUUGCUGUUGAUGUGGAGAAGAGUGUUUGA